CGGCCAGGGGCCUAUGCUAUAUAUAGAGGCGGCGGCGGCAGCCGCGGCGACGGCGGCCCAUUGCGAGGCAGUUCGCUAGCGGGAGCGCGAGCCAGUGAGAGGCGCCUGCGCGAUGUCCGGGCCCCUGAGCCCGCGGCGCUGAGCCAGCCGGGACGGACAUGCGCGGGAGGGCGCCGCGGGGCAGCCGCCGCUCCUCCGGGGGUAUGAAAGCUACUGGUUGAUUUUAAAAUGCCUGGGCCUCACAGGUUUGGAGAUGUCCCAGAAUAAGGCACAAUGUCAAUAGCAGGAGUUGCUGCUCAGGAGAUCAGAGUCCCAUUAAAAACUGGAUUUCUACAUAAUGGCCGAGCCAUGGGGAAUAUGAGGAAGACCUGCUGGAGCAGUCGCAGUGAGUUUAAAAACAACUUUUUAAAUAUUGACCCGAUAACCAUGGCCUACAGUCUGAACUCUUCUGCUCAGGAGCGCCUAAUACCACUUGGGCACACUUCCAAAUCUGCUCCGAUGAAUGGCCACUGCUUUGCAGAAAAUGGUCCGGCUCAAAAGUCCAGCUUGCCUCCUCUUCUUAUUCCCCCAAGUGAAAACUUGGGACCACAUGAAGAGGAUCAAGUUGUAUGUGGUUUUAAGAAACUCACAGUGAACGGGGUUUGUGCUUCCACUCCUCCACUGACACCCAUAAAAAACUCCCCUUCCCUUUUCCCCUGUGCCCCUCUUUGUGAAAGAGGUUCUAGGCCUCUUCCACCGUUGCCAAUCUCUGAAGCCCUCUCUCUGGAUGACACAGACUGUGAGGUGGAAUUCCUAACUAGCUCAGAUACAGACUUCCUUUUAGAAGACUCUACACUUUCUGAUUUCAAAUAUGAUGUUCCUGGCAGGCGAAGCUUCCGUGGGUGUGGACAAAUCAACUAUGCAUAUUUUGAUACCCCAGCUGUUUCUGCAGCAGAUCUCAGCUAUGUGUCUGACCAAAAUGGAGGUGUCCCAGAUCCAAAUCCUCCUCCACCUCAGACCCACCGAAGAUUAAGAAGGUCUCAUUCGGGACCAGCUGGCUCCUUUAACAAGCCAGCCAUAAGGAUAUCCAACUGUUGUAUACACAGAGCUUCUCCUAACUCCGAUGAAGACAAACCUGAGAUUCCCCCCAGAGUUCCCAUACCUCCUAGGCCGGUAAAGCCAGAUUAUAGAAGAUGGUCAGCAGAAGUUACUUCGAGCACCUAUAGUGAUGAAGACAGGCCUCCCAAAGUACCGCCAAGAGAACCUUUGUCACCGAGUAACUCGCGCACACCGAGUCCCAAAAGCCUUCCGUCUUACCUCAAUGGGGUCAUGCCCCCAACACAGAGCUUUGCCCCUGAUCCCAAGUAUGUCAGCAGCAAAGCACUGCAAAGACAGAACAGCGAAGGAUCUGCCAAUAAGGUUCCUUGCAUUCUGCCCAUUAUUGAAAAUGGGAAGAAGGUUAGUUCAACCCAUUAUUACCUACUACCUGAACGACCACCAUACCUGGACAAAUAUGAAAAAUUUUUUAGGGAAGCGGAAGAAACAACUGCAAGCGCCCAAAUCCAGCCAUUACCUGCUGACUGCGGCAUAUCUUCAGCCACAGAAAAGCCAGACUCAAAAACAAAAGUGGAUCUGGGUGGCCACGUGAAGCGUAAACAUUUAUCCUAUGUGGUUUCUCCUUAGACCUUGGGGUCGUGGUUCAGCAGAGGUUAUGUAGGAGCAAAUGGAUCUCAAUUUUCCAGUUUGAUUGAAGUGCACAGAAAAAUCCCUUAGAUUGCAAAAUAGUUGAACUCUCUGUCUUCACGCGGAAGGUUUAGAGCAGUUGUGAGAUGCUGUUAUGCUGAGAACCCCUGAUUUUGUUAGUGUUGGAAAAAAGUCUUUCAAGUCUAUAAUUUAAAGAUGUGAUGGUGGGGAGGGGAGGAUGGGGAAGCUUUUUAUAUAUGCAUACAUUACAUACCUAUAUAUAAACUUGUGGUAUAACCAUAGACCAUAGCUGCAGGUUAACCAAUUAGUUACUAUCUUAGAGUAAUAUAUAUUCAGAAUAAUAAACUCAAGCUGGAGAAAUGAGUCCUGAUAGACUGAAAAUUGAGCAAAUAAAUGGAAGAAGAUACAGUAUUGUUUAGAUCAGAAUCAUUAAAAAAUAUUUUUGUUUAGUAAGUUUGAAGAUUUCUGGCUUUUAGGCCUUUUCUAUUUUGUUUCAUUUAUUUUUGCAGGCAGUCUUUUCCAUGGAGGGCAGAGUAUCCAUUCUUUACCAUGGGUGUACCUACUUAGGUUAAAAAUCAUCCCAAGGCCUCAUACUUCCAGGUUUCAUGUUGUGUCUUGUUGAGGGAGGGAGAGCAGUUUACUUGGCAACCAUAUUGUCACCUGUACAUGUAACACAUCUUGAAAAAUAAAACGAUAAUAGAACUAGUGACUAAUUCUCCCUUACAGCUCCUACUUGGUCCCACCCACUGAAGUAGCUCAUCGCAGUGCGGGCCGUAUUAGAGGCAGUGGGGUACGUUAGACUCAAAUGGGAUAGUAUACUAGGUGCCAGUGUUAGGAUGUCAGUUUUACAAAAUAAUGAAGCGAUUAGCUAUGUGAUUGAGAGUUAUUGUUUGGGGAUGUGUGUUGUGGUUUUGCUUUUGUUUUUUUAGACUGUAUUAAUAAACAAAUACAACACAAGCUGGUCUUGUGUUGCUGGUUCCUAUUCAGUAUUUCCUGGGGAUUGUUUGCUUUUUAAGUAAAACACUUCUGACCCAUAGCGCAGUAUGUCUGAAUUCCAGAGGUCACAUCAGCAUCUUUCUGCUUUGAAAACUCUCACAGCUGGCUGCUUCACUUAGAUGCAGUGAGACACAUAGUUUGUGUUCCGAUUUUCACAUCCUUCCAUGUAUUUAUCUUGAAGAGAUAAGCACAGAGGAGAAGGUGCUCACUAACAGAGGUACAUUACUGCAAUGUUCUCUUAACAGUUAAACAAGCUGUUUACAGUUUAAACUGCUGAAUAUUAUUUGAGCUAUUUAAAGCUUAUUAUAUUUUAGUAUGAACUAAAUGAAGGUUAAAACAUGCUUAAGAAAAAUGCACUGAUUUCUGCAUUAUGUGUACAGUAUUGGACAAAGGAUUUUAUUCAUUUUGUUGCAUUAUUUUGAAUAUUGUCUUUUCAUUUUAAUAAAGUUAUAAUACUUAUUUAUGAUACCAUUA